AUGUCAUCUCCCGAAAAAACAGAUUCUGGUCUUCCAGAACGCAAGUCGAUUAACUCACUCUCGUCAACCGAACAACACACUCUUUACAGCCCUGCACAGGAUGAGCAACUUGGAUCUAAUCAGAAUGUCUCUCGGCAGCAGCAACAAUCUCAAGACAUUUCCAAAGUCGAAGUUGCAACCUCAGGCCCAGUCUUUGACCAGGAAGCUUUUGACAACUACAAGCCCAAGACGCUCAAAUUCUGGCUCAUUAUUAUUUCUGUCUUUGCCGCCAUGUUACUUGUUGCUCUGGAUCGUACAAUCAUUGCAACCGCCAUCCCUCAGAUAACGAACGACUUUCAGAGUCUGGGAGAUAUAGGGUGGUAUGGUUCUGCCUAUAUGCUCACUACUGCUGCUUUCCAACUCAUAUUUGGCCGUAUCUACCGUUUUUAUGAUUUGAAAAAGACCUUCCUGGCUUGUAUCUUGACUUUCGAGAUUGGUUCUGCCAUCUGUGGAGCUGCACCCAAUUCUGUUGCCUUUAUCAUUGGGCGAGCUAUUGCUGGCAUUGGCGCUGCAGGGAUAAUGACGGGAUCAAUGAUGUCGAUUAUACCCAUGGUUCCUCUACACAAGCGACCCGUCUUCCAGUCAAUGUUUGGUAUGGUCUUUGGUGUCUCAUCAGUUGCUGGCCCCCUAAUCGGCGGAGCUUUUACUCAACAUGCCACUUGGAGAUGGUGUUUCUAUAUGAACCUACCUGUUGGUGCCGUGGCCUCGAUCUUCCUCUUCUUCUUCCAUACCCUCUCAGCAAAGGAGCGUGAACCUGUCCCUGCUCUCGAGCACAUCACCCGCCUCGACCCGCUUGGAACCUUCUUCUUUGUGCCAUCUAUGGUUUGUCUCAUUCUGGCACUCCAGUGGGGAGGCUCGACGUAUGCAUGGAGCAGCUGGAGGCUCAUCCUGCUCUUUGUCAUGUUUGGCCUCACACUUAUUGCCUUUAUUGCUGUACAAAUUAAGAUGCCCAAAACGGCCACCAUCCCGGUCAAGGUCAUCACUCAGCGGACGAUGUUGGCUUGCGCAUGGAUCUCUAUAUUUGCCGGUGGUAGCAUGAUGGUUGCUGUCUACUAUGUUCCUCUAUGGUUCCAGGCUACCAAGGAUGUCAGCCCGGUCGACUCUGGUGUUUACACCAUUCCCCUCGUACUCAGCCUUGUUGUUGCCAGUAUAAUGUCUGCUGCUUUUACCCAAAAAAUUGGCUACUAUGUUCCUUCCAUGAUAAUAUGCCCAUGCGUCAUGUCUAUUGGACAAGGACUCUUGACCACACUCAAGCCCGACAUUGGCUCCUCGCAUUGGAUUGCCUACCAGUUUCUGGUCGGUUUUGGCUUAGGAAUCGGAAUGCAAAGCACUGGUCUCGCUGUUCAGGCGACACUUCCCAAGGAAGAAGUCCCUACUGGUCUCUCUAUUAACUUCUUCGGCCAACAGCUUGGUGGUGCUAUCUUUGUUUCUGUCGGUCAAACUAUCCUUAGUGGACGUCUCGUAGAGAGACUUUCUGGUAUCCCUGGACUUGACUCCAAGAGUCUUGUUGAGACUGGUGCCACAGAGCUUAAGAGGAUAGUGCCAUCACAGUAUGUUUCACAGGUGACAGACGCCUACAACUACGCAAUUAUGCGGAUAUUCUUUGUUGGUGUGGCGCUGGCACUGGCCCAACUUGUUUGCUCAUUAUGCGUAGAAUGGAGGAGUAUUAAGCCCAAGAAGGCCGAGUCAUCGCCCGAGACUGGUAACGCUACACAGCAGAAAAAGGCGGAGGAGUCAUGA